AUGGAGAGGGCGAAUUUGGCGUCUCCAUGGUUCUGGAUGGAAGACAACAUGCGCUGGCCUGGCUGUGUGCCCUGGGAUCUGGAUGAGGAGGAUCUAGUGCAAGAUCCUUCGCUUCACCACCGGCAGAAGGCAGUGGUUUCUGAUCUCACUUUCCAGACAGGCAUGUCGAGCUUGAUGGACUUCGGAACUCCAGAUUCUUCACUUGACAAAGUGUUGCUGAGGGAGGAGGUGGCUCAGUUGCAGGAGGAGGUGUACCUCCUCAGGCAGAUGAAGGACAUGUUGAGUAAAGACCUGGAGGACUCGCACGGCGGCUGCUCGGCUGACACACUCUCUGCCGCCGAGCUCAAGGUGCAGCUGGGGGAGAAGGAGCAGGAGCUGGAACGUGCCAAGGAGGCCUUACAAGCUAUGAAGGGCGAUCGGAAGCGAUUGAAGGCAGAAAAGGCUGACCUGGUGAACCAGAUGCAGCAGCUGUACACAACACUGGAGAGCCGAGAAGAGCAGCUCCGAGACUUCAUCAGAAACUAUGACCAGCACAGAAAGGAGAGUGAGGAUGCGGUAAAGGCUCUGGCUAAAGAGAAGGACAUGCUGGAGAGAGAAAAAUGGGACUUGCGCCGGCAGAGCAAAGAGGCCACAGAACAAGCCAGCGUCCUGCACUCCCAGAUAGACAUGAAGGAGAACAGAAUCAAAGAGCUGGAGGCAGAGCUCACUAUGGCAAAGCAGUCUCUGGCCACCCUCACUAAAGAUGUGCCAAAGCGUCACUCUCUGGCGAUGCCAUCGGAGCCGGUGGUGAACGGAAGUCAGGAGUGGGUGAUGCAAGCAGACCUUCCCCUCACUGCAGCAAUCAGACAGAGUCAACAGACCCUGUACCAUUCGCACCCCGCGGACAGGCAAGCUGCUUUGAGGAUCAGUCCCUGUCACUCCCGCCAGCCCUCCAUCAUCUCUGAUGCCUCGGCUGCCGACGGCGACCGCUCAUCCACCCCGAGCGACAUCAACUCGCCCCGCCACAGGACUCACUCCCUCUGCAAUUCCAUGGAGGACCUCGAGGACCAGAAGCGUAAGAAGAAGAAGGAGAAGAUGAGUCUCGGCUCACUUUCUCGAGUGUUUGCCCGGGGAAAAUCGCAACGCAAGUCCUUGGAUCCGGGCCUGUUUGAUGGUACUUCCACCCCUGAUUACUAUAUAGAGGAGGAUGCUGACUGCAAUAAACAAGCUUUCAUGUGCGGCGAGGAGCAGCUGGAGGGGCUACAGCAGGCGGAGCUUACGCGCAGCAAACCCAUGUCUCUGUGGAAGGCAGUCACUGUGCAGGCCUGGCUGGAGGUUGUCAUGGCAAUGCCCAUGUACACGCGUGCCUGUUCAGAGAAUGUCAAGAGUGGAAAGGUGUUGCUGGGGUUGACAGAUGAGGAUCUGGAGCUGGGUUUGGGCAUCAACAGCCCAAUGCACCGCAGGAAGCUCCGUCUAGCUAUUGAGGACUACAGAGAAGCAGAGAAUGGACGGGGACUUUCCAAAGCUGCUGAUAUGGAUCAUCACUGGGUGUCUAAGACCUGGCUGGGCGAUGUGGGGCUUCCCCAAUACUCACAGGUCUUCCACAACCAGUUGGUGGAUGGCAGAGUACUGAACUCUAUCACACGGAGAGAUCUGGAGACCAUCUUUAACGUCACCAAUAAGUUCCAUGUUACCAGCAUUCUGUCAGCCAUUCAGCUUCUGCAAAUGCUCAACUUUGACAAAGAGACUAUACAGGCACGUCGUGCUCAGUGUGAAAAUCGAGAUCUGGAUCCGGUGGUCUGGACCAGCCACCGUGUCAUUAAAUGGAUCAGAGACAUUGAUCUUAAGGAGUAUGCUGACAGCCUUCAGAACAGUGGCAUCCACGGUGCAGUGAUGGUUCUAGAUCCGACCUUCAGUGCAGACACCAUGGCCAAGGCUCUAGACAUCCCCAGCAAUAAACACAUGAUCCAUCGUCAUCUAUACGAGGAAAUUAAAGUGCUUCUCAACCCCGCAAGAACUAACCAGGCUCAGGACUACAGGAAAGAGGGGACUCCUACACAUUCUCCUGUCUCAAACUGCCGCAAAACUGAGGAAGAAUUUUCUCCCAGGCAAAAAGUCGGCAAGAGCCCUUUGAGAUUCAAUCCACUGGUCACUGUUGGGAGAGACUUGACAUUUCAAGGCGGCUGUGGAUCACCACCCAGAGAAGAUCGCAUCAAGAUCCUGCAGAGGACCAAGGGCAGUCCCAUGCACGGUUACUCGAGCAUAGAGAUCACUAAUGUCUGAGGGCAACAGUCUGUGUUUGCCUUGGAUGAACUAGGAAGGAUGAGCCUCCCCGAACCUCUAAAUGGACCAAAUAAGCUCAAUUAUUUGUAAAAGAGAUUUGAGAAUUGACCAUUUGCACUUUAAAGAAGUUUGUAUUGGCAACAAAUCACAAAUAAGCACUUAAUUAAAAUUUUAUAGACAUGCUGCAUUAAAAAGCAAAUAUUUUGUUACUAACAUAAUACAUAGAUGAACUUGUCCUGAUUCCCGUAAAUUCCAGUCACAACUGUAGGUAUGCAGCUAAAAUCAAUACCAUAUGUUCAGAUGUCCAUUCCCUACAUCAAGGUCAUCACAACACUGUGCUUGUUUAAAGUUACGGGAAAUGCUGGAAUGAGGAAUAGCGCUGUGAAUUUAUUGUGAAAACACUUUGAAUGCCACAGUAAAGUCUUUUCUUUGUUUUAAUACAUCUGUUGACAUCUGCUAAGAUGUUUGUGUUUUCAAAGUCUGAUUUGCAUAUAAAAUUAAAAGCAACCACCACUUUAGUAGCAAUGUAGUGUGGGUAAUAGAUUAGUCUCAUAAGGAUCACUCCAGUUUAAUUGAAAUGAGUUUUCCCGCAUUAUAUAUA